AUCACAUCACAUCUCCCCACUCUAUUUUCGCAUUCCCAUCGGUGACUUAAAUUCCGCUUUAGUAACGCUUUUUUCUUUUUUUUGCAACGUUUUUUUUUUUGAACGUUCAAAACUCCAAAACCGUUUUUUUUUGUUUGAAUUUUCUACAUUCCCACUCUACCCCAUUACGAUUUCACUUCAAAAAUUCAAUCUUUUUAAGCUUUCUCACAUUUUUAUCGCUUUUCUUUAUCACUACUAUGGAAGAAAAACAACAACAACAAGGGUGUUUGGAAGAGGAAAUUGAAGUUAGUGUUGACACAGAUUUUUUGAAACAGAUUUUCGAUGAAGAAUUGAGCGAGGUUGUUGUGUCAGGUGAAGUGAAUAAACCUAAUGAGGUUGUUGUUAUUGAUGUUGACGAUGAUAAUGAUGAUGAUGAUGGUGAUAGUGAUGAUUGUGUGGUUCUAGAUGGUGACCCAGAAAAUCAAGUUAAAUGUGUGAAUGAUUCACCAACUGGGUCUGAUGAGUUGUGUGUAGUUGGUGAAAAGGGAAAGAUUGCAUGCAGAGACUAUCCUCAUCCUCGCCAUCUUUGUGCCAAUUUUCCUUAUUCUUCCACCCCUCAUGAGAAACACUGUGGCCAGUGCCACUGUUAUGUAUGUGACUCUCCAGCACCAUGUCUGAAGUGGGGCAAUGGCCUUUUACCUACAGAUCAUUGUCAUGCGACUGAUAAAUUGGAGACAUGGAAAACUCAGAGAAACGAUACCAAGCUGGUUAAGACUGCUCCGUUGCCAGCUUCAACCAAAUAUGGUACUUCAGGUGGUGUUGUGAAUUCUCAACAUAACAAUGUUUUGCCGCUUCAUACCACACAGUUGUCUUCAAAUUCCGUGCCAACGAAUCAGGCAUUAAGGUCAACUGCAGUACUCUCAGCAAAUCCCAUACCUCAAAGUCAGGCCACACAGCUGAUUACAAUGAAUGGACACUUACUGAAUCAUUUACAGGCCAUUCAAAAUAAGCAGAAUCAGUUACUGAAUCAAGCCAAAUCAAAUUUUGUCUCAGCAAAUACCUUGCUUCAAAAUCAGGUCUCUCAGCCGAUUACAAUGAAUGCACACUUACAGAAUCAAUUACAGGCCAUUCAACAAAGACAUAAUCAAUUACUAAAUCAAGCCUCGAGGUUAACCAAAUCAAAUCCACUCCCAGUAAAUCUCAUUCCUCAAAACUACGCCUCUCAGCCGGUUACAAUGAAUGCAAUGUCGUCAUUAAAUUCUAUAUUGCCGAAUCAGGCCUCUGUAAGAAAUCCACUCUUGGUAAAUCCCAUGUCUCAAAAUCAGGCCAUUCAGCCAAGAACAACUAAUGCAUUGUCCUCACUAAAUGCUAGAUUACAGGAUCAGCUCUCCAUGCUAAAAAAUAUCCGUGAAAGGUCCACAGCUUCCAGCUUUACAAUUCCAAACGGCACAACCAACGGUCAAUAUAAAAAAUCCAGAUCUACGGUGGCGAGAAACAAAAAUCCUUCUAAUACCGUUCCAACGUCUCUAGGUGUACAAAACCAUGCCAUCCAAAAGAAGCGAGCACAGAGAGUUUGCUGUUUAGGGCCUCAGUGUUCAGUGUUCAAUGGGAUAGACAGUGUUGGUGCUGGGAACACUGUGACAACGAACCAGGUCACACUUCCUGGUGCAUCUGGCUUCAACAAUCAUGUCAAUCCGCAAUAUAACACUAGAUAUCCUGCUGCUGCUGCUGCUGCUGCAACAGGAUCUUCAAAUAGCAGAAAUUGUUACGGACAAAAUGGUGUUAUGACCACCAAAGCAAUUAACUCAUUGCUCACACAACCAAUCCAUAAUCCAGCUCCGGCAUAUGGAACACAACCAUGUUAUCAGUCAAAUAAUAGCCAGAAUCCUUAUGGAUAUAGUAACAUUCUUGGUAAUGAUUCUAUUUCGAGUACUGUGGCUCGCCUGAACCAAAAUCGGAAUUUAAAUGAGCAUCAAAUUGGAAGUCAAAAUGGAAAUGGUGGUGGGAAUAUCAUCAAUAGUGGAACUACAUUGCAAGAUUUUCUAGCUAAAGGCUCGAGUUGGGCUGAGAGUACUAAUCAAAACAUUUCUAAUGUUCAGAACUUAGUAUCUAAGAACAUGCCACCAAAUGGAAAUGAGUCUAGGCUCACUUUGGAUGAAAUCGAGAAGCACUUGCUUCUUGAUUCCAAUUAAUGUAGAUGUUGCUUUAGCAUCUGAAAAGAAUUUACCAUCACCUGAUUUCAGAACUAGCUAGUGGCUAACUAUCAGUGAUUUUUGUUUUUUUUAUUUCACAUGUCUAAUUUGAGAAAAAAAAUGAGAGGUUAUAAUCAUUGAAUAGAAAAUCUUUAGUUGAAUUUGUUUACUUUUUCUUUUUCUUUUCAUGAUUGAAUUUGUUUAAGCUUUAACCUUUAUUCCAACAUCUCAAAGAUUUACCUUCCAUAGUUCUAGUCAUUGUCUUUGCUAACGUUGCAUUCUGGUGGUCGUGCCUACCGCAGUUUUGAUUCUAGAAAUAUAAUAUUUUGUAUUCACUUU